GCUACGGUCACAUCGCGCCCAAAACCCAAUACGGUCGUAUGGUAUGCAUGUUCUACUGCAUCCUCGGGAUUCCUCUGAUGCUGAUUUAUCUGGGCAGCAUCGGCCAGAUGCUGGCUCACAGCUUCCGCUUCGUGUACAUGAACUUUUGCUGCUGCCGAUGCUUUCGUGACAUCAAGAUACGUCGUAGAAACCGCCAGAAGUUUCGCCUACUGCGUCUGCAAGAGGAUCUCCGCCGACACGUUGAGCUGCAGGCAAGGAUACGCGGAGAAAUGCUGCCAACGCCAAAGGCAAGUUCUCUGCAUAGGUUGAAAAUUCGAGCUCUUUUUUUCGUC